GCAGUGAAAUUUACUCUACCGUCGAAGUUUUACAUUGGAGAAGGGCUUGGAGAGAGUGAGACUUGAGUUGCAAUGGCUAAAAGCGUUGGUUUCUAUUCCUCUUCAACUCCAAUCCCGUACUCUUCUUGUGGAUCAUCAUCUAAUGCAAAUCGCAGGCCUCCCAAUUUCUUAAAGUUGCGUGCUUCCUAUUCUGAUUACCCUCUCGCUAGCAAAAUUAUCGUCAAAAAUGUACCAUUGUCCACUAGUGAAAGUAGAUUGCAGAAGGAAUUUUCGAAAUUUGGGCAGAUAGCUGAAGUUAAACUUGUGAAGGAUGAAGCUACAAAGAAGUCAAAAGGAUUUGCUUUUAUUCAAUAUGCUUCACAAGAAGAUGCGAUGCUAGCUCUAGAAAGCAUGGAUCACGAGUACUUUGAUGGCAGGGUACUAUAUGUUGAACUCGCAAAGCCUAGAAAGAAAGAUUUUGGUGGGUAUCCGAAAACCUCUGGUCCUCCUCAACAACAAAGUGGCACGACUAAGAAUGAGGUUGACGAGUAACAGAAGCUGCUAUAAACAUUGCACUUUAGAGUCCUAUCAGACGUAUAAGUUGCCUCUUAUGCCAGUUCUGGUUCUCUCCCACACAAUCGUUUGACCUAGAAGGUCCAGUUUUUUUCUCUGCAUAUUCAUAUACACUCUUGGUAGCAGACAUAACAUAUGUGCCAGUCAUAUUUGUUGUCUUAUUCGUGAAGAUCAUUGUGCCUUCUUGAUUCAGUGUAAGCACUAACUAAGCGUCUGAUAAGUCCCUCGAGGAGGAUGGAGUGGAGUCUUGUAGCUAAGUAGAGAAGGGCUUUUUUAAUUUUGUUGGACAUUGCCCAACACUUGUUGGCACGCUUCAUUUAGAAUUUUUCUGAGUGUGUAAACUCUGUAAUCAACUAUGCUUUACACCAAGUUAAAUUCAAGUUGUAUGUUUUGAUACGGUUGGCUCAA